GCCACCUGUAUAAGCGGAGCGUGCUGGGGCUAGGGAGCUGGUAUGGAGGUGGCGGCAAGCGAAGUUUCGCGGGAUUGCGGUGACUCCACGGAGAAGCGGCUGGCCGGUGCCCAAGACUGCUGAACGCCCGCUGCCUCAGGGGCCAUGCUGGCCUCACGCGUGGCGCGCGGCUCGUGGGCGGCCCUGCGCGGCGGUGCCGCCUGGGCGCCGGGGGUGCGGCCGAGCAAGGGGCGCGCCCGCGGGGCCCUGCUGCCGCCCGCACCCUGCUGCCUGGGCUGCCUAGCGGAGCGCUGGUGGCUGCGCCCGGCCGCGCUCAGCCUGCGGUUGCUGGGGGCCAGCCCGCGGAACCACUGCUCCGGGGCGGGGAAGGCGGCCUCCGGGGCCGCGGCCGGAGGAGGCGCCGCCGCCGAGGCCUCGAGCAGCCGGUGGGGCCCGGCCGGCGCCGCCAGCCUGUAUGAAAACCCAUGGACAAUCCCAAAUAUGUUGUCAAUGACGAGAAUUGGCUUGGCUCCAGUUUUGGGGUAUUUGAUUAUUGAAGAAGAUUUUAAUAUCGCCCUAGGAGUUUUUGCUUUAGCUGGGCUAACUGAUUUGUUGGAUGGAUUUAUUGCUCGAAACUGGGCCAAUCAAAAAUCAGCUUUGGGAAGUGCUCUUGAUCCACUUGCUGAUAAAAUACUUAUCAGUAUCUUAUAUAUUAGCUUGACCUAUGCAGAUCUUAUUCCAGUUCCACUUACUUAUUUGAUAAUUUCAAGAGAUGUAAUGUUGAUUGCUGCUGUUUUUUAUGUCCGAUAUCGAACUCUUCCAACACCGCGAACGCUAGCUAAGUAUUUCAAUCCUUGCUAUGCCACUGCUAGGUUAAAACCAACAUUCAUCAGCAAGGUAAACACAGCAGUCCAGUUAAUCUUGGUGGCAGCUUCUUUGGCAGCUCCAGUUUUCAAUUAUGCUGACAGUAUUUACCUUCAGAUGCUUUGGUGUUUUACAGCUUUCACCACCGCUGCAUCAGCUUACAGUUACUAUCAUUACGGUCGGAAAACUGUUCAGGUGAUAAAAGGGCGAUGAACGUCAUCCGGCACGAUGAGCGGGGAGGCAGUAGACGUCCUUGGCUGCAGGGCCCGUGGAAAUCUACAGUGGUUUUGGUGUUCAGCUCCAAACAGGACUUGUCGGAACAAACCAUGUCCUCAACAUUUAAGUAAUUCGCAUUGAAAAUAAGCUUGAUCAUGGGCAAAUGCAGAAUUUCCAAUGUAUUUUUAAAUACAAAUAAAACUAUAAUUUAGAAUUUUUAAUCUUAGGUUUCUUGAUUAAUUUAUAAGAGAGAAUUAUUCUAAUUAUUGUCAGUCUUUUUUUGAUAGGUUUUUUAGAAACUUGAUCCAGAGAAUGGAAACAGAAGAAUUGACUGCUUAAGUAGAAUUUGACUGCCCACCAAGCACUAGGGAAUUUCCCUGGUUUAAAUAUAUAUCCUGCGUAACUUGGCUGUCCACUUUCACAUUCGAUUCUUAGAUCCAUGUACCCACCAGCAGUUCAUGUAUUUGAUAUUUGAUUGUUUAGGAGAACGAGAAUAGUUAGCUGUGAAUGAAAUAAAGUUAUAAGGCGAUUUAAAAUACAGUAAGUUUUGCAAAUAAGAUGAACAAACAAAAUUGAGGUAGUGAAGUUCGUGUUCAGCAGUCUUCCAGCCUCUCAGGUGCCUAAUUGUGUGUACGGCAGGAAGACAAGGAACAAAGGCAGCUGAAGCGAGAACACGUCCGUUACCUCUGCCUCUUCCCCGGCGUCUGACGUAGCCAUGUUUGUAAGACAUUGGAACCUGUACCCAAAUGUCAUGUAAAUAAUAUGAAAACUGUAUAUUUUUCAAAGGUUUUUUAAAAUUUGAGGAAUCAUCUUUUGUUAAGAUAUUAAAAGAAUAAAAGCUGGG